AUGUUGCUAUGUCAAGAUACUCCAUACACUGACGAACCAACCAUUCACAGGUACAGCGAAAGAUACAGGUCGUGCUUGUCCGCCAACCUCAGCGCAGGCCCCGCCAGUCAAGUAGUUGACUUCAACAACGUGGUGUAUCCCCAGGAUUGUGUGGCCCAACAAGUGACUACAAACAAGUGCGUUUCUUCUGCAAUGUCAGAGGUCAACAAGUACGGCUGUGAGGUCAAGGUGAAAGACAUCCUCAAAAGCGUGAAUUUCUCGGACAUGAGAGAGGCCUACUGCCGGGCCUCCGUGACGGCUCACGACUGUAUUUUGUCUGUGGUGAAGUACUGCAGCGUCACCGAGGGACCCCAGAUCAUAGACAACCUCUCCACGUUCAGCAGAGUUCGCUCUGAGUGCUUAUCCCACCUCCCUGUCACUACCACCACCACAGUGGAGAAAUCAGACAUCGGUGGCAUCGGAGACCUGUUCCCCACGUCAGAUUUCGCGAUCUCGGACAAUGGAACUGGCACAUCCAACAACACCCCACCCCUCCAAGCAGGUGCUGCGGCAGUAAGCGGACUCGUCCUGUUGUUGUUUCUCAACUUUUAAAUAAAAUUAUGCAUACUAGAA